CUCCAACCAGUCGGGCCCCUUCCCCUAUGUGAGAGAGUGUCGUGAAGUUAUCGACGUGCAUUUUCAUUGUGAUGUGAACUGAACUACGCAUGUGUUUUUUAUUUAUCGUAAAGGGUUUUUUAAAAAGAAAAUAAUUAUUUUCGCGAUUAUGGAGAGUGAGAGGGUGUUCUAGGGAGAUAGGGUCACAGGGGUCGAGGGAUUAUAUCGGCGAAGGGGUGAGACAGGUUUGACAAGAGGGUUUGGGUGGCUGUGAGGGACUUUUCAGGUUUUUGCGAGGAGGAUUUGGUGCGGGGGAGGAUGCCGGAUUCAGAAAAGGAAAAAUGCAUGAAGCAGUUGAAGAGGCGUAUGGAGCCUUGGAGGGAAGCUGUCUUGCCGAUAAAUUCAGUCAUCCUCUGGGAGAAGUCGUGGUAUCCUGGGUUAAUCCUCGGAGUUACCACUACGUUAUUCCUAUUUAUUUGGGUGCUGGAGCCAGCGUUUGUGACGAUAAUCUCCAUCUCCCUGCUGCUGGCAGCACUAAUUGACUAUUUAGUCCCAGUUCUGUCAUCGACUUUCAUCUCUUCGACUGCCUGGACAGGCCAGAAGGAGAAGAAACUCGAGGAAAUAUGUCUGAAUCUUAGUGAGAUGAUUAUUCAGACUCAGAAUGCCUGGAAGUAUCUACUUAAUGCCCGCAAUAAUCGACCCACAAUUUACUAUGGGUCCAUCACUUUGGGUCUGAGUCUGCUUGCCUGGCUGGGGAAUAUCGUCAACAAUCUAUUACUGAUGUACUUAAUCGUGAGUAUUUCUCUGCUGCUGCCAGGUUUAAAACACAAGGGUCGAGUGCAAUCGGCCCUGACGUACAUCUACAAGUACUUGAUGCACCAGAAGAAAGCGUAAUACUGAAAAAUCUUCCAUCUGCCCAUCGAUAAUUCAUUCAUAAUUGUUGCACGAGCUUCUCACGUAUCUACUCACCAUUGCAUCAGCGUAUAUAUUUAAUCAAAAUUUGUAACAACUUACAAAUCAUUAUAUAGAAAUCAUAUGCGACAGGAACAGGCGGUUUAAAUCGUGAACGAACAGACUGACCAUGAAUCUCUAUUUAGAAAACCCAAUGAUCCAAAGUUGAAGUGUACUCAUUAGUUUUAUUUAUUUGUGAUAAGAUAGAAAAUAGAAAUGAUCGUUUGUAUUUUCUGUACUCGUUCGAAACUACUAAAAUUUAUGUGUCUACAUAGAUGUGCGAUACUUUUAUUCUUUUAUUUGAAAAAUAUACAGAAUUCAUUCUUGACUUUAUCGGGA